GGCAACAUCGCCGGCGAUCUAGUUUUCAGUUGGUGGCGUUUCGUUGCGCAACUGUCGAGUCUCGAAUAGAAACCCAAAAAAUAAUGAAAAUUUCUAGUGAUUUGCCCUUUUUCCGACAUUAAAGUAUCCGAAGAAUGUUUUGUGACAUCGAACAAGAGUUGUUUUUAGCGCUAAACCAGUUAAAUUGUUGAAAAUGUGUUACUACAUCAGCUGGAGGCCAUUUUGUUUACAAGAUUGACAUAAACAUGGAAAUAGACUUUUAUUACGUAGAUUUCGCUUAGUUUUUAGUGUUAUUUUUGUUUAAAGAUGUUCUAUUUGCCCUAACGAGAUGGCAACUAAUGAUGGUGCUACAACGGAACUCUUUACAGGCUGGUCCUCCGUGGUCCACCAACCUGAAGAUGAACCAGAAGAAUCGGAAUUGCCCUCAACUGUGGAUAUUGGUGCUCUAACCUCGGGGCCUACGGAUCUGAAUCCCACUCAGAAUGAACCUCAGAGUGAGUCGGACAGUGAGGACUCGGAGGCAGAUUCAAGUAAUUCGGACGGCUCUGACGAUUCCUGUUCCCGCAGCGACAGCUCGGACAGUGACAGUUCUUCCUCCUCUCAAGACUCCUCUUCCAGGUCGCCGAGUCCAGAAUUCUCGGUGACCAGUUCUCAAACCAACGGUCUCCGGCUAACCAUAGCCACCGUCCGCAAGAGCACCAACAGCCCCAUCAAUACAGCCAAGAAACCCGAUACAGACAACGCCAAGACCAAAAGUCGCAAAAAGAGCACUAGUAGCAGCAGUUCUGAAUGCUCCAGCGACUCUGACAGCGAUUCAAGCAAAAGUGACAGUAAAGAAAGUAAGGUUAUACCUGUUCCUCAAAAGUUUGAGGUUAAGAAGCCUCCUGCUCCUGUUUCGAAGUUGAGGUUAGGUGAGAAAGGUCCAGCUGCUAUGUGUCGCGCUACUACGGUAAAUAACCUUCAAGAAAACAAGGCCAAUACAGCGGCAAAGCUAAAAUUACCGUCAAAUAUCAGUUCUUCUAGUAAAGAAGUUAUAAAAGAUGUAUCUGUUUCAAAAGAAACCAAAAGAAAAGAUAAAGAUGUAGUGCCUAAAGCAAAACUACCUUCUGAACUUGCUGUUUCUCAAAUAAAACAGAAACCUGCAUCAAAUAUUGGUGCAGUUAAAGAAAGUUCGAGUACUGUUCUUCCAAAACUAAGAAGUAACAGUCAGUCUUUGAAUAAAGACAACAAAGACCCUGUAGUUAAAGAUACUCCUAGUGUAGUUAGAUUAAGAAGUUCUAGCGCAGUUAACAAGGACUUAUCUUCUUCCAAUAAAGAAAAAGUUAAAGAAAUCCCAACAAAUAAGGACAAAGCUAAGGAAGUUCUCCCUUCGACGAAGACUAGGGUAACAACUGUCGCUGGUGUGUCAAGUAAAGAAAAGGAAAUAACUGUUGUUAAAGAAAAUGGGGGUGUAACUCAGUCAAAACGUCCUGGAAAUGUGGAAAAUGAAGGAAAUGGUAAAGAAAAGGAUGGAAACGUACUAAAGGACAAGGAGAAGAAUGGAGAGAAGAGUGCUAAAGGGGCGGAGACUAAGGGUGGAAAAAAGAAGGUUAGGCUGAAGAGGCGAAGUAAAAAGAUGGCAUCGUUACCCCUAUCUAGGAGCUCCACGUACUCAACAUCCGAAUCUGAAUCGUCCGACGAUCUGCUGCCGUCUUCUUGCAGUCUCCAGGAAAUCCGGCAGGAAGAUUUGGCCGCCAUAUUGCCCGAUCAGAGCGAGUGUAACGACUUCAACGAUUUCGAUAAGAAUGAUAAGGGCUCUCCGGCCACUGGCGACAUGUCCGGCUCCGACAUGGAACUACCUCAACAAGCCAUCAACUCCCUCAUCCAACGCACUACCGAGUCUUCCAGCGACGGCGAAGGCCACCAACUGCCCAACCCUCAAACUCUCUUCGCCAACAGUCUCUUACAACCCUUCGUACCCGCCAACAAUCCUUUGCUAACAUCCCCCACAGCCACUCAACCUUUAAACGAAGCAACUACCGACAGCUCCACGAUACUUCAAACGAAACAGUCCAACGGAACUAACAGUACUUCUAAUAACAGCCUCAGUAGUUCAAAUGUACCGAACAUCUCUAGCAAGGUUUUGAGCGAUGACGCUCAAUCGAAAACAGACGGGAGUGUGGUUGGGGGUGUUAAGAAACGAAGGGGUAGACCUGCCAGGCCGAAGAAAGGUGCGGGGAGGGGUAGGCUGAAAGAGAAGACGGAGGAUGAGGGGGAGAAGGUUUCGGAUGGGGGAGGGUCGCAAAAGAAUGUCCAGGAUUUUUGUGGGGGUCCGAACGUUAGUCCUGAUUCGGGAAUUCAGAAUAGUCCUGAUCAUGUCUCCAGCCCAGAACCCUGUUUUUCUCCUAACAUUAAACCCAGAUCUUCAACCCAAACCAAGGAGGAACUCAAGAAAAAAUCAACAUCUCACUCCCCAGAAACGAAACCUCAAACCAAAACCUCUAAAUCUGAAGCGUCCACCCAUUCCAGUCGACAAACAUCGCAAGAAAAAUACAAAGAUUCAAGUUCGACGAGUUCAAGUCAGGCUGACAGAGUGAAAUUCGCUAACCUGGAUAGAGUUCUGUAUCCUCCGAGACGGAAAGCUGGAAGACCUCCGGUAUCCAGCAGACGUCCAGGAAGACCUCCCAAACAUAAAGCAGAACCUUCAGAGACUAAACCUAACGAAAAAGUUAAUAACAAUUUAAAAAAUAAAGUUAGGUCUAAAAGCGCGGUUCAAAAUAAUGCUUCCAAGCAAAUAGCUUUGAAAAAUAAAGGUGUUUCGUUGAAAGUGCCGAAGAUCUUCCACUCCCGGCACAAACACAAGCACAAAAAACGCAAGAUUAAGAUUUUGAAGCCGCUAGUGUCGUGCGAUCCGAAGAUCAAUCAGGAAAUUGAGAAGUUGAUUUUGGAUUUCGUGAAAUUUUGUGCUAUCGCUACUAAACAGCCUAAAGAGGUCGUGCCGGAGCAGGUUUUGAAGACGCUGAAGAAGGUGACGAAGAAACGGAGGACGACAGAUCAUAUAGAGAAGAAAAAGAAGAAGCAGAGCGUGAACACGACAGUGAACAAGGUACACAACUCAAAUGAACAACGUCUUCCUUUAAAGAAAAGGCAUUAUCACUUGGCGAGCAACAGUAGCGAAAGCCAAAAAACAGAAACUGAAGAAUCCAAAGAAAAGUUGUUAGAAAAAUUGGAAGAUUCCAAGACCGAAACUAAAGAAAUCAAGAAUAAAAUUGAGAAGAAAGAAAAAAUUAAAGACGGAAAGGUCACCCCUAAAUACGUCCCUGUUAUUAAGAGCCAUAUCAAUAAUAACGAAUAUGAAGUAAAGGCUGAAAAAAUUGAAAAAGACGGAUCUUCUCACAUAGACGAGGCCAUAGAAGCUUGCAUAAACAAAUUUUCCGAUAAAAAACAGAUUAAAACCGACGAAAAACAUCCAGAUGAAAAAAUCGUUGCCGCAACAACACCGAAGAAACGUCAUAGAUUGGAAAACUUAAACUCCAGUACAGAAAAUGCUAUCUCUGCUCCUGAAAAUUCUACUGAAGUUAAAGUUGAGUCAGUCACGGUAAAUUUGGAAGACAAAUUAGAUAAAAUUAAGACCAAAUUAACUGUGGAGGCGUAUAUCAACGAACUGAAGGCCAAGAGAACGUUGCAAAGUGCGAAAAACAUAUGUAGUGUCCCUGAGGAUGGAAAGAAAAUAAUCAAGGAGACUGCCAGUGUGGAAAUCAAGAAAGAAACUUCAAAUGCCUUACAGGUGGAGAAAACUGUCCAGGUUUCUCCUGAAAGUACCAGGAAAAAAGUAAGAAAAAGAAGAGCAUUUAACAGGACCGGGUUUCCAACUGUUAAGAAGAAAAAGAAACGACCAACAACCCUUGAAACGUCCCUGGAGUCGAUUUCUACUGAAGAUAAUGAAAAGACUUUGCCAUCAACAUGUGAUAGAGUGCCUAAAGAAGGAGAGGAGUACACUAAGUUUAUGCAACGUAGCAACCAUAGUUCUAUGAACGAUUUGACUGCGAUAGGUUACAAAACGCCGGCAGAGGACCUUACUAGCGAAUGCGAGAGUCUUCCACAAGAUGAAAGAACUGAUUUCGAUAUGGAGGACAGUAGUAGUCGUAGUGAUAGUAUUAAUGAGAGCUUAUCGGAAACAAGGAGUAAGAAAUCUGAUGGUGCUGAUAUGGAGUCGAUGUCGUUAUUAGAAUCUUCAAUUGAGCGGCUCAAAUCGAGGCUGGAUCAAAAAAAGCGGAAAAGGAGUAAAGAUCUGAAGAGUAUACCUGUGGAGACGAAUACCUAUCCAAAGAGAAGGAAAAGAGACGAUUCACCAGCAAGUAGUAUCGAACCUUCAGUUGAAAGUCGAUUGAGGGACAGUACCAGUGCUUCUGGAGAUGAACUUAAUAAGAGAAGUAAAAAGUGCCUCAGAUAUAGGAAAAAGUUUUUGGUCGCUGGCUUGUUCUCAGAUUAUUAUAAGGAAAAUGAAGCGAAACGUCAAGAAAAUUCUAAAUCGACAAGGAAUCUCAUUUAUAAUCCGGAAGAACAUCCUUACGGAUUAUUACCGCCUCCGUACCAUUGCGGGAAGUACCUGCGAUGUCGAAAGGUGGAUUUCCAACUGCCGUACGACUUGUGGUGGCAACAUACUCAUUCUCAGUUGCCCGGUCGUGAUGUGGUACCAUCGUGGAAUUAUAGGAAGGUGAGAACCAACGUUUACAACGUUAAGAGCAAUGGAGGAGCGUGCGAACCUCAAUCUUGCAACUGCAAGCCGUCGACGGAUUGCGAUGACGACUGCAUAAACCGACUGGUUUUAGCCGAAUGUCCAGCAACCCACAGAUGCAAGAACCAGAAGAUCCAGAGGCACGACUGGGCGCCGGGCAUCGAAAAGUUUAUGACAGAGAGCAAAGGCUGGGGUGUUCGUACUAAAGAACCCAUCAAACAAGGAGAAUUUAUCCUCGAAUACGUGGGAGAGGUUGUUUCCGAUCAGGAGUUCAAGGAAAGGAUGAACAGCAUCUACGUCAACGACACGCAUCACUACUGUUUGCAUCUAGACGGCGGCUUGGUGAUCGACGGACAUAGAAUGGGCGGCGAUGGCAGAUUUGUCAAUCACUCUUGUCAGCCGAAUUGUGAAAUGCAGAAAUGGAGUGUUAAUGGUCAAUUCAGGAUGGCGUUAUUUGCUCUCAGAGACAUAGACCCUUAUGAGGAGAUCACUUACGAUUACAAUUUCUCAUUAUUCAAUCCAGCGGAGGGACAGGAGUGCAAAUGCGGUAGUACUAAUUGUCGAGGAGUAAUAGGUGGUAAAACUCAGAGGAUACGUCAACUGCCCGAAACCAACGUGGUUAAAAACCCGGGUAGGGUCGGAAGACCACGGAAAACGGAGGCUAAGAAGAAACCCAGCACCACCAAAGACCAAGUUCCGAUCAAUCCUCAACCUACGCAGCAAAUUAUCCCUCAGAUUCAAGUUAAACCCAUGAGUCACCAGCAGAAAUGCUUUAUUUUAGAGCAUCACUGUUUCUUAUUGAGGAAUUUGACCAAGGUUCGCAAAGUGAGGGACAGAUCUCAGAGUUUAUCCUCUAGCACAGUUUCCAGACAGCAAACAGCUACACCGACCGAUACCAGCGCCUUUAUGAACCAACUAAACGCGCUGCAAAAACCGAGAAACAUGAAGACGAGGAGGAUAGCCCAGGCGGAAGACGACCCAGAACUUAACAAGAACAUUAAGCUGGCCGCCAUUCUCAAGGAUAUCUUGAAGGUCAUUACCACCGCUAAAGACGACAAGGAUAAUCUCCUCAGCACAAACUUGAUGCAGCUUCCGUCCAAGAGAAAAGUUGCUGAAUUUUACCAGCGGGUUAGCGAUCCUAUAGAUCUGAGUACCAUCGAGCAAAAUAUCGCUACGGGGGUUUACAGAACUGCUCAGGCCUUCGACGAGGAUAUGAAUAAGUUAUUUAUAGGAUUUUCUAAGUUCUAUGAUCGUACUACCGACACUGGCAUCGCCACUACUAAACUGAAGAAGAUCUACGUCGAGACAAAACAACAAAGCCUAGCGAAGUUCGAGGAUGUUCUGGGUGAAAAACCGCCACCAGCAUUUGUUAACAACAAAAAGAAAAAUGAGGAGGAAGAUAUAAUCCGUUGCAUCUGCGGGAUUCCCAGAGAUGAGGGCUUAAUGAUUCAGUGUGAAAGGUGUAUGGUAUGGCAACAUAUAGAAUGUGUCAAAGCUGACGCAUCUGUGGCGAGCUACCAUUGCGAAAUAUGCGUCCCCAGGCAGGUGGACUAUGAGAUUCCGAUGGAUGAAUUUACGGAGCAUGGCCACAGGUACUACAUGACACUGAUGAGAGGUGACUUGCAACUACGUCAAGGUGACACUGUCUAUGUACUCAGAGAUAUACCCAUACCGGGUACCGAUAAGAAACACACGUACGACACCAUCGGCAAGAUAGAAUACUCGGAACUGGACAUUUUCCGAGUAGAGAGGCUGUGGAAGGAC